UUAAGUUAUUGUUUAAGUUAAUAGUAGAAGAAGAAUAUGGACAGGAAGUGCCGAUACCCAGAAUCAAACGGCAGCUCCACACUCUUUCUGGUUCUUUCUUGGUGUUUGUUAAAGCAUUGUCUUUUCACAAAAAGGAACUAGCACUGAAGUAAACUUCAUUAACCAGUCAUCGCUGUCCGGAGUUUCUUCAUGUUCAAGAUUGUUUAGCUGUUUGGAUAGCUAGUGCGAGUAUCUAGCGAGGCCAUUAACAGUGAAAAGACAGCACCACGGCAAGCAACAAAGCUACAGAACCUACCACGUGGAGCUCCAGUCAGCCCAAAGAGCUAAGUAAAGUGCAUUCAGGCAUCAUAAACCACAAAAUGUCUGAAACCAAAUCCCAAAAGACUCAAAGUAAGUCAGUACUCUCUCUAAAGUCAUCAAAGGCAAGUUCUACAGCUGGCAUUGAGUUACUAAGAGCUAAAGCAAAGGCCGAAGCUGCUCAAGCAAGAGCUACAUAUGCAAAGAAAGAAAUAGAAAUCAAAGUGGAACAGGUACGUCUACAGGCAACCCUUGAUGCACUUAGAGCAGAGCAAGAACAAGAAGCUGCAGCUGCAGAAGCAAAUUCGUUGGAUGCAGGACUACUACAAUUGGGCUUUGAAACACGCAGUGUAACAUACGGGUCAUGUCUUACAGAAAAGAAAGCAACACGCACAGCCCAGUAUGUUUUAGAUCAAGCAAAUCUCACUGCAGCAGAGUCACCUGUGCCUUUUCAAAUUGAAAUAAAUAAUCCAGAACUCCCGUUGCAAACCUUGGUUGUAAAGCAAGAAAUAAACUACGCAGCUCCUGAAAGUGAAAUUUGUGAACCCCAGUCUACCAAUUUCAAGCAGUUUGCUCCUCUUGCCCCAGUGUUACCCAAAGUGAACCAUGCACACAAUAGCCAUGUCGAGACCCAGCCAACUUAUGAUCUGGCCAGGUAUCUAGCCCGCAGCCAGCUCGUCACUACAGGCCUUACAAGCUUCGACGACCAACCCAUGAACUACUGGGCAUGGAAAUCAUCUUUCAAGACCGCUAUAACAGGUUUGGACCUUUCUGCAGGAGAGGAACUAGAUCUACUUGUUCGUUAUCUCGGUGAGAACUCAUCGAGGCAAGUCAAACAAAUGAAGGCUGUCAACAUCAGACGUCCUGAAGCUGGUUUAGCCAUGGCUUGGGAAAGGCUCGAAGAAGUCUAUGGCUCUCCAGAAGCUAUAGAGCAAGCACUCUUUCAAAAGGUAGAGAACUUUCCCAAAAUCACCCCCAGAGAGCCUUUCAAACUCAGAGACUUAGCUGACCUAAUGUUGGAGCUGGAAGCAGCUAAGCUUGAUGGAUAUUUACCAGGCUUGUCUUACUUGGACACAUCUAGAGGAAUUCAACCAAUAGUUAACAAGUUACCUUACAAUCUGCAAGAGAAGUGGAUGACAUACGGCUCAAAGUAUAAACGUGAUCACGGCGUCAGUUUUCCGCCUUUCACUGUGUUUGCUAACUUCAUUCGCGCUGAGGCCAAAACACGAACUGACCCGAGCUUCACUCUACACAGCUCAAACCAGUUACCUGAGAGAAAACAAAUGCCAGAAAGGUUUUCCAAAGUGCCCAUAUCUGUCCACAAAACUCAAAUACAAGACAAAGCAGAAAAUAAAGAAAAAAUCACAAAUCAUCUCGCCAAGAACUGUACAACAUACAUCACUUGCACGGAGUGUGACAGCAACAAUCACAUUUCUGCCCUCCAUCCAGGUCCAGCACCGCAGGAAUCUAAAACGCAGCCCCCCUUACAGCACGGCGGGGAGAGCAGCAAAGCGGAUGUCCAAGAAGUCACCUCUCGGUGUACUGAGGUGUACGGAGAAGGGGUGAGUGCCAGAGAAUGUUCCAAAAUCAUACUUGUCAAUGUGUAUCCUGCUGGUCACAAAGAACAAACAAAGAGAAUGUACGCAAUCUUGGACGAACAGAGCAACCGUUCUCUUGCACGUUCACAGUUCUUCGAGUUGUUUCAGAUCCAAGGAGCAAGUUAUCCCUACACAUUGAAGACGUGUGCAGGACUCACAGGAGUUUCAGGAAGAAGAGCUGGUGGCUUCAUGGUGGAGUCAAUAAAUGAACAGUUAAGCCUUCCUUUACCAACACUCCUCGAAUGUAAUGACAUUCCCAACAACCGCUCAGAGAUACCUACCCCACAAGCUGCAUCCCACCACGCUCAUCUGCAACGGAUCGCGGACAAGAUCCCACCAUUGGACUCUGACGCUGACAUACUUCUACUGCUGGGCAGAGAUGUAUUGAGAGUUCAUAAAGUCAGAGAGCAAGUAAACGGCCCAGGUGACUCCCCAUUUGCUCAAAAACUGGAUCUGGGUUGGGUCGUGGUUGGUGAGGUCUGCCUAGAUGGCAAACACAGACCCACACAAGUAAGCAGCUACAAGACCUUUGUUCUGGAGAAUGGUCGCGCUAGUCAGCUUCAACCAUGUAACAGUCGGAUAACUGUCAAAGAAACAUUCACAGAAACACCUGAGCUCUCUCACAGCCCCAGAAGCUUCCAAGCGUCAGGAUAUAAUGUGGACAGCAUUGGUCAGCAAGUUUUCGCUCACACACCUGAUGAUUACAAACUUGCACAAUCAGUCGAGGACAUGCAGUUCCUCCAAAUAAUGGACUCUGAGUUCUACCAGGACAGUGACAACAGCUGGGUUGGUCCACUGCCCUUUCGGUCGCCACGGCAACGUCUACCCAACAACAGACAGCUGGCCUAUAACCGUCUCAUGUCACUCAGACGCUCUCUAAGAAAGCGGCCUGAAAUGAAAGCACAUUUUCUGGAGUUCAUGGAGAACAUGCUCACUAGAGGUCAUGCAGAGGUCGCACCAUCUCUAGUCCACAAUCAGGAAUGCUGGCCCUGA